CACGCACACACACACGCAUACACACACAUACACACGCAUACACAAGGCAGACACGGAAGACACAGAGACACACACGCAUACACACACGCAUCCACAAGGCAUCCACAGACACACACAAGGCAGACACACACCACACAAAGACACGCAGGCUGUUGCCCGAUAUGGCUUCCAACGUCGUUGGUCACCUUGUGGUGAUCAAGAAGAAGACGGGAAAGGAUGGCUCCAUCUACAACAUCACCAAAGACUCCUGCUCCUUUGGCAGGGACUUGCAAUGUGACAUUCGCAUUCAAAACCCAAAAGUCUCACAGCACCACGCCAGCAUCCGCAAGGGAGACAGCGGCAAGCUUGUCAUCGCAGCAGACUCUGGCUACAAUGCGACGCUGGUGAACGGCGCUGUUGUUGACAAGUCACGGGAGCUCAAGGACGGCGAUGUCAUCACCAUUGCCGAGCGCCGCUUUCGCUUCCACUUUCCCAACGAGCGUAUCCUCUCCACCCCAAAGAAGUCCAACCCCGCGUCUGCAAGCAAGAAGAGCUCACGCCGUUCCACUCCACUGCAGGACCGCAACGCUGGUGCCGGCGGCCCCCGCUCAAAGACACCCAGCAACACGGUAUCCCCUGCUGCCACAAAGCUACCAAAGAGCUCCCUCAAGAAGAAGAACAAGGCAGCAACGGCUGCUGCGACCGCCAAUGACAGCAAGCGGGGCAGCACGGGCGCCUCCCCUGCGCUCGCACCACGUCGUCGUAGCGUGGGGUUCUCCGACCCGCUGUCUCCAGAGAUCUUCGACAAGGACUUGCCGCCCAGCACGCCGCUGAAGCGUGGUGCAUCACCGCGGCCCGUCUCUGUCAAGCGCAGGAGCGCCCUCGUGCCCAUCCUCAAGAGGAUUCCAGAGUCGGAUGAGGCGGGUGAGACGGUUGGCUCGCGCCCAACAUCGCAGCGCAAGAAGAAGUCCAGGGCGACCACGCCCAAGAAGAUGCAGCAGACACCGCCAAAGCUGAACCUUGACGCCUCCACAGAGUCUGACCAGGACUUGAUUGACCUCAACAGCCCAAAGCCUGCAGCCACGCAGCAGGAGAACAAGCAGGCCAAGAAGAAGGCGCUUGCCACUCCUCUCCGCCAGCAAAUCCAAGGCGGCGCCAACCUUAACAAGGUGUACAAGAAGGCAGCGUCGACGCCGCUUCGCAAGGAGAUCAAAGCGGGCAAGGAGCUGAACAAGGUGUACAAGAAGGCACUCAACACGCCUGUGCGCGAGCAGAUCAAGGUGGGCGUGGCUCUGAAGAAGACUGUUACCCAAGACACGGACAAGCAGGCCAAGAAGAAGGCACUCGCGACCCCUCUCCGCCAGCAAAUCCAAGGCGGCGCCAACCUCAACAAGGUGUACAAGAAAGGCCUGGCAACACCCGUGCGUGCUCAGAUCAAAGCGGGCAAGGAGCUGAACAAGGUGUACAAAAAGGGCCUUGCGACACCCGUGCGUCAGCAGCUGAAGGAAGGCAAGGAGCUGAACAAGGUGUACAAGAAGGCACUCAACACGCCUGUGCGCGAGCAGAUCAAGGAGGGCGUGACUCUGAAGAAGGUGAAGGCUACACCUGCGGAUGAACACGACGAAGAUGAGGAAGUGACCGAGGCCGUACAAGUCGAGGAGGUUGCUGUUGUGAUGCACGAUGACGAAGAUGUGGAGGAAGAAGAGGAAGAGGGAAAAGACGAUUCUGCGGACGAGGAGGAAGGCAGCGAUGCGAGUGCCGCUGAGGCUGAGCAGGAAGACGUUUCGAUGCCCAUGGGGGAAGACAACAGCGCCAAUGUGGCGGCAGAGGAUGAUGAUGAUGAUGAUGAUGAUGAUGAUGAUGAGGAUGACGAAGCAGAGCAAGACGAGGAGGACGAGGAAGACCAGCAGGCCAUGGCACUGGCCAUUGCAAAGGCUGCUGCUGCGAAUGUGAAGCGCAAGCGCUCUCGCCCCCGCGGGCUUCGCUUUGUGCCAUAUGCCCCCUCGCUGUGCCACCCGAUCCGCCGGGCCCUGAACCAGUGCCCAAAGAUGGUGACCAUCUCCGUCAACGCUGCGCAGCGGCUGCUGAAGCGCCGCGAGCGCCGCUACCGCCUCAGCCGCGCCCGCGCUCUCCCCGCACACCUGCAGGAGGAGAUUGUCGCACAGGCACGCGAAGACGCCAACGAGGCACAGCACGUGCUGCCGUCACCGGUGCGGCGGGAGGUGCAGCAAGGGAUUGCGCUCAAGACUCUGUACAAGAAGAGCCUGAACACGCCCACACGGGAGGCUGUUCGCCGCGGCGUUGCACUGAAGCCCGUGGCAGCAGCUGCCGACGAGGAAGAAGAGGUUGUGGAGAAGGUUGUGGAAGAGGUUAAGGAAGAGGAGCAAGAGAAGCAAGAAGAUGAGGAGGAGAAGGAGCAGGAGGCUGUGCAGGAUAAGGAUGAAAUGGUGGUGGAGGUUGUCGAGGAAGUCGAGGAAGUCGAGGAAGACGCUGAGGAGGAGAUGGAGGAGGACGAGGCUGAGGAGCAAGAAGAUGAAGAGAUGGAUGAGGAUGAGGAUGAGGAGGAAGAGGAAGAAGUCCUUGAGGAAGAGGAAGGUGGUGAUGGUGUUGCUGAGGAAGAGCCCAAUGCGCAAGUGGCACAAGAGCACGACGAGGACAAGGGCGCAGUCGGAGAGGAAACGGCUGAGGAGGGGCAAGAGCAGGAUGCUGCUGCUGCACCUUCUGCCGAGGUCGAUGACCAGACAUCCGAGGAGACAACAGCCACCGCCGAGGAAACCAUGCCAACUGCCGCCGAAGCCGAGCAAAUGCGGGAGCAGGCAGAGGAUGACGAGCAUGGUGCCAAGGCCGCAGCAAUGCAGGAUGAGGCGAAAGCUGACGACGACGAUGAACAGGCACAGGAAGGCACGGAGUCUGCCCCAAGCAUGCCCGUCAAGGCGCAGCCCAACGCAGAACAGGCGGGUGAUGAUGAGGCUGAGGAUGAAGCAGAGGAUGGCAUGCGGACGCCUGAGCCGGCGUCGCCACCGCAGCGCGCGUAUCUGACGCGGUCCAGCCAGAAGAAGAUGGAGCGCAAGCAGCUCGCACCGCGCCACCCGGAGCCCAGUCGCCUGGACGUCAAGUCGAUGACGUGCAAGGAGCUGCGGGCCGAGCUGGAGGCACGCGGGCUGUCCACCAGCGGCCGCAAGGCGGAGCUGCAGUCGCGGCUGUCGAUUGCCCUGGAGCCCAGCCCUCGCGACGAGGACGAGUUGCGGGGCCCGAAGCUGAGUUUUGAGAAGCGCAAGCUCUCUGUCAUCCCUGAGCGCACCGAGGAAGAGGAGGAAGAGGAGGAAGAUGAGGAAUACGAGGAAGAUGAGGAGCAGGAGGUUGGACAGGAGCAGGAGGACAAGGAUACUGGCGCUGCCAUGCAAGAGGAGGAGGACGAGGACGAAUCAGCAGAUGAAGGACAUGACGAUGCUGCUGCUGCUGUUGCUGCUGAUGCGGAAGAGGAGGAGGAAGACAAUGAGGAGGAGGAGGAGGAGGAGGGCGGCAACGACACUGCGGCGUCCAAGCUUGGGCUGACAGAGGAUGACGUGAUGAGCAUGAAGAUGAACGAUCUGCGACAUGCGCUGUCUGAGAUUGGCGUGUCUGCUGCUGGCCGCAAGAAGCAGCUACAGGAGCGCCUGCUCGAUGCCAUCCGCGCCUCUGCCGCGAACGAUGCGAGCGCUGAGGCAAAUCAGAACGAACAGCACGCAGAGGAGGAGGAGGAGGAGGCAGAGGAAGAGCAGGAACAUGCAGCUGGAGCCCAGGAAACGGCAAACGAGGCCAGUGACGCUGAGACUUCACAGGGCAACGCUGUUGAGGAAGAUGAAGCCGAGGCAGAAGGCAGUGAUGAUGAUGAGGAGGAAAAGGAGGAAGAGGAGGAAGAGGAAGAAGAGGAAGAAGAGGACGUUGACCUUGAGCUGUCACGCGAGCAGAUCAUGGCCAUGAAGGUGGCGGAGCUUCGUGCCGUGCUGAGCGAGGUUGGUGCAGAAGUGCGCGGGCGCAAGGCGGAGUUGCAGGAGCGCUUGCUGGCCAUCGUCGACCACAACAGCGACAAUGAAGAGGAAGAGCAAGAGCAAGAGGAAGAGCAAGAGCAAGAGCAAGAGCAAGAACAAGAGGGGGAAGAGCAAGAGGAAGAGGAGACACGCACCAAGGCAACCCGUGGGCGCGCAAACAAGGGACAGACGCAGGGCGAUCGCGAGACCACGCCUGCACCUGCUGAGCACGACAUGUUCUCUCCGCCCGCCACGCGCCAGCGCUCAAAGGGCAAGAAGAACACCUCCAACAAGGAUGAUGUGUCUGACGAGGAGCCAAGUGCGAAGCGGUCGAAGCGCACGCGUGCCCGCAGCAACAGCAGGAGCCGCAGGUAAUGAACACGUGAGUGGCAGCGAUUGCCAGAUGCAAGAGACGGAAACGGAUGGGGAGCAGAUGGAACGAACAGCGAAGCAUAGCGGAGCAUAGCGGCAGCGUGCGCGGCCUGUCUUGCGUGCUGUACCGCUUGUUGGCUGCGUGUUUUCUUCUUCUUCCUCCUCCCCCUCGUCCUCCUCGUCUUCUUGUUUUGUGUUUGGCUGCCCAAGCCACCUCCGUUUGUGCGAGGGGUCUUCUUUGCCAACCCUCUCUCUGUGUUGCAUUCCUUCUGUUUUGUUUGUUUCCUUUCGCUUAGCUCUCUUUUGGAUGUGGUUUUCUGCGGCGCUUCCCUAACGGAAUCAUCAAAUGUGUGUGUGUGUGUGCGUGUGCGAGUGUGUUUGUGUUUGUGUUUGUGUGCGCAUGUACGCGUGGAGCUCUGCUUGUGGCAGUGUGUUGACACGUUUGUUUGUUUGUUUGUUUGUUCGCUUGCCUGUUUGCUUGUGUGUGUGUCAUGUUCAGAAAGCCUUGUUUGUUCCCUUGUUUGACCUUUGUUCCUUGCUUGACCUUCCUUGACUUGACUUUGACUUUCGUGUUGUUGUGGGGCAUCCAUCACCCCAACGC